AUGGCUGCCGAAUACUCGGGCACUCGCCUGUAUCUAGGCAACCUCCCCAAAGACACUCGGAAACAGGAAGUUGAAGAGUUUUUCAGCGAAUUCGGCCAUGGCACCAUCACUGAAGUCAAGCUCAUGGAUGGAUUCGGCUUCAUUCAAUACGAAAGCCCCGAUGACGCGAAGGACGUGGUACCAGCCUUCCACGGCAAAGAAUUCAAAGGAAGCUCCCUUAUCGUUCAGUUUGCUCGCGGCAAUCGCCACCACGCCAGCCCUAGGGAAUUUGCGCCCAGCGGACCAGGCGGUUUCCCUCCUCGUCCGAGGCGCACUCAAUUCAGGAUGAACAUUACUGGCCUUCCUCCGGAUACCAGCUGGCAGGACCUGAAGGACUUCGCCCGCAAGUCUAACGACAGUGUCGUCUACUCCGAUAUGAGUCGUGACCGCGAUGGCCGGGGUACCGUGGAAUUCGAGACCUUGGAGGACCUCAAGAGAGCGUGUCAAUUCCUCGACCAGUCCGAAUAUCGCGGUUACCGCGUGACUUGCAUUGCUGACGAGGGCGCUACUUUGGGAGGAAGUGGUGGAGGUCGCUACGGUGGAAGUGCCUACGGCGGAGGUGGUCCCCGUGGACGUUCGGUCUCUCCUCACCGUGGAGGCUACUCGCGUCGCUACUCUCCGCCUCCUGCCCGUCACGCCUCUCCCACGAGGUACGGUGGUCGCAGCAGCCGCUACGAUUCCCCUCCUGGACACCGUGGCUAUCGUGAGCGCUCCCCGCCUCGUGGUGGCAACGGCGGUCGUGAUCCCUACUAUGGUGGAGCUGGUGGUGGACGCGAUAGGUCCCCGCCUCCUCGUAGGCCUCCUCCUCCUCCUGUGGAUGACUAUGCCCCGCCGCGCGGUGGAGCACCCGGAUACGGAGGUGGUCGGGAUGAUUACCCUCCUGCCAGACGUGGAUACGACGAGGAUCCUGGACACUACGGAGGAGGAGGUGCUCACGGUGCCAACGGCUCAAGCAGAGGUGGUGGUGGUGGUGGUGGUGGUGGUGGAGGUCGUUAUGAUGAUUCCAGGCGCUAUCCUAGCCCACCUCCUCCGAGAGGAGGAGGAGGUGGUGGUGGCGGUGCAAGGUCCCCUCCUCCCCCGAGGGGCGCACCUCCCCCUCGAGGUGGCUAUGAGGAGUACGACCGCCGCCGGUAUUAG